AUCAAGAGAUGACGCUCCAGUGCAAAAUGGAAAGCCUCUAUUGAAUUUCUCCAUAACCUGAAAGUUUGUUUAUUAUUUGUUCGGCAGCAGAGAAUAAAAUCAAUCAAGAUGAGACACGCAUCCUUUUUCUCAAGAACAGUUCUUGUGAAGGACAACAACAUAGAAGGCUCAUUUCGAAUCCUGAAUAAGAUCCUCGGCAACGAAGGUUUCCUGGACCAGUGGAGAAGAACCAGGUACUAUGAGAAGCCGACACAAGUGAGACGCCGCGUCAACUACGAACGGUGCAAGUCCAUCUACGACGAGGACAUGAACAGGAAGAUCCAAUUCUUGCUGAGAAAGAACAGAGUCGACCCUUUUCCGGGCUGUCAUUAAUUACAUAAAUUAGAUUGUACUAUUAAUUUUGAUUAAUUGUUAAAAAUUGUGUCGCUACUGGAUGUGAGGAGGAAUAAAAAUAUUAAACUCA